CAGGGAGAUGGUGGGAGGAGGGGAUGAGGGCUGGGGAGGGACAGAGGCUGACAGGAGGCGGGGACUCUAGGGGCUGAGGACUAUAAAAGGGCCGUGGUCAAGGACGGGGUGGGGUCCAUCCAGCCCAAGGCAGGCACUGAUUUGGUCCAGCGCCCACUCGUUCAGGACUCAGGGCCCUAGCUGAGCUCCAGCUGCUGUUCUGCUCUGAAGAGGGGUCUGAUGGCUGCCGCGCACCGCUGCCUCUUCCUGCUCCUUCUGUCCACGUGCGUGGCUCUGUUGCUGCAGCCACCCCUGGGUGCCCUGGGAGCCCCGAUGGAGCCAGAGUAUCCGGGGGACAAUGCCACGCCAGAGCAGAUGGCCCAGUAUGCAGCUGAGCUCCGCAGAUACAUCAACAUGCUGACCAGGCCUAGGUAUGGGAAAAGAGACAAAGAAGGCUCGCUGGACUUCUUGGAGUGUGGGUCUCCCCACUCAGCGGUCCCCAGGGAGAUCAGUACAAUGGACUCAUAAUGCCACCUCCUGCUCCUCUGACUCCAGGGCGAGGCUGGCCCAGCUCUCCCAUCUGCACCCUUGGCUCUGGCUGUAGCUUGCUCCCUGCUUCCAUAUUGGCUAAAUAAAGCAAAUCAAAGUUCUUA